AGCUAUCUAUAUAAACGAGUGAAAUCUUCACCAAAUUCAAGGGUUGAGCAACAGGAAAAUGCAUUUUCAGAUAAGUAUUAUCUCAUGGUUGAUAUUUCACGUGGUUGUAGUCGAUGGAGAUUGUAGAAAUCUAACCAGGAAAUUUUUGGAUGACCAGUUUGAUACCUUACAGAAAUCGGUAAGACUGAUUGUAGAUGAAAGUCAGUGCAGCAGAAAUAAUGAUCCUGUAGCAUUCCAUGCCUAUAUGGGUUCAGUAAAAUCAUAUGCGAAAGGAGUAGUCUGGGUCUACGACAAGGUCAUUACGAAUGUAAUGAAAGGCUACAACGCAGAGACUGGAAAAUUCAUAGCACCCGAAGGAGGGAUAUACAUAUUCUCUUACGAAACACUGAGCAAUCCUAAUGAAGCAUCUCAUGCUGCUCUCUUUGUAAAUGGGAAAGCGAAAAGCUGGCAGGCAUGCAACAGCAGUGGAGGGGGAUGUAAAUGGAUAACUUGUAGCAACUCCGCCACACUACAGAUUGAGAAGGGCGAUAUUGUCUACAUCGCAGACCAUUUGGGAAGUGCCACCAUUCGAGAAUCAUACACAUCUUUUACAGGUGCAAAGAUCAGUUAGAUAAUAAAAAUAAUAAAGACACAAAAUCUUUUUCGCUGAAAAAUCCAUGCAUACUU